GUGAUUGACUUGUUUUAUUAGCUGCGAAGUGAUUUUUGGGCUUUAGCGCGUGCAGGAGCCUUGAUCGGUUUGGCGAGUGAUCCGAUUUUGAAUUUGCCCCUGUAAUACAUAAUUUACGACGGUCGGUGUGACAGGGACCUCGGCUGAAAUAGCCGGCACAGCUGCUUCGGAAACCAUCUGUGCCGCCGCCGCUCAUUGACAGCCCGGUUGUACUGCAGGUAUUUUCCUUCCUGGUGCACUGCUUCAGGCACACGAUGUGGUUGCGCACGAGGUGUACAGUGAGGAGGCAAUUCGGGUGACACCACCACCGCUGACACCCUUUCUCAACGGCAACCAGGAGGCAGGUGGCAGCGAAGCCGGUGACAUGGAACAGGUCACCCGCGUGCGCCUCGUCCAGUUCCAGAAGAACACUGAUGAGCCAAUGGGCAUCACCCUGAAGCUGGACGAGGACGGACGGUGUAUUGUGGCUCGCAUCAUGCAUGGUGGCAUGAUUCACAGGCAAGCCACUCUACAUGUCGGGGACGAAAUACGUGAAAUCAACGGCAUCAGCGUUGCCAACCAAACUGUGGAGAGUUUGCAGAGAAUGCUCAGGGAUGCACGGGGCAGCGUCACUUUCAAGAUUGUGCCCAGCUACCGCAGUGCCCCGCCACCGUGUGAGGUAAUCUUUCAGUACGCCUCCGAGCUGGGCCACAGGCUCGACUUUUGCACCACCGGUGAUGCCUCCUCCGCGUGCGCCUUGUGACGUGUGGCGCACUUAUUGUGACCGCAAGGAGAGCCGCUGCCCCUUUUUUUUCAUUAUGCUUAGACGGCACGCUGCCUUUCCUGUUUUGAUCGUAUCUAAAAACAGUGCCUUGGCUUUUUUAUAUGCAACUAGUGUGAGGUGUUCACCCCUUCAGAAGAAUCUACAUUCGGACGAGUUGGUACUGGUUUUGAACAUCUUUAUAGGGCAGCACAGACAACAACACAAAGAAAGAAACGACAUAGUGCUGUCCUGCUUUGUUUCUCUGCAUGCGUUGUCUUUGUUUUCGCUGCCCUUUCAAGAUUACCACUUAACAGCGAGGAAGCUAGACUAAGAUGAUAAGAAAGACGAAGAGGACAACAGCAUUGUCCUAUCUUAGCCUUCGUACCGUUUUAUUGUAAUGGUGCCUUAUCAACUAGUCCAACGGUUUAACGCGAAGCUCCUUCCUCAUGUGAUACGUGUCAGUCUAACUGUUUGAUUCCUGGAUAUCACUCGUUCAGGGACGGCAAUAAGCAAAGGGCUUUGGAGCAUUAGCUUCUAUGUUGUUUCUGUUGAAUGCAUGCUUUGUUGGUGCACAUGCUAGCUGCGGGAAGUUUGCAUGCGCAGAAAUGUCCUCGCCUCGUUAACACUUUUUAAAAUGAUGAGCAUGCACUUGUUGCUUAGUGAAUAGGGCUGUGAAAAAUGGCUUUGCCGUGCAUUGCCAUCAUUACGCUGGUGCUGCCGUCACAUGUUGCUUCUCGAGGUACUCUGAAGACACUCCGCCCACCCCCUGAUUCAUUUGUUUCUGUUCAAACUGAUACUUUUAACUGCAAUUUCUUCAAUGGCAAAUCAAAAUCAUACUUGCAUAUUUCUUUUUGACUCAUGUGCAGCUCAGUGAAGCAAAUGAUUGCAGAAAUUUCAGAACAGAGUGUAUUUGUAUUUGCACUUAAUGUGUGAAGCAGUAUCUGAUAAAUGGUUGGGGCUUCACUAAGGCCUUAGGAAUUGGUGUCAAUACUUAACGUUAGAUGCAUGUGCUUUGUUUGAUUAUUGGAUUGCAUGCUGUUGCAUUGGGUUUCCACAUGCAGAAAUCCAUUUACUAUUUUAUAGCCUCCAAGUUGUUGUAUAACAUAAGAGCUUAGCACAGAUCUAUUUUCUAUUGCAAGUGGAAGAAGUGAUGCAUGUUGGAGCUGUGCUUUACAUUGAACCCUGCACGAUUUUGUUCUCUCUUUUUAUGUGCUGUACUGUUUUGUUAUCCUAGAGAACAAGGCACCUUGUGUAGUUGUGCGGAACAGUAACAAGCCUUAGUUGCUAACCUAAUGUGGCAUAGCAGAGGCACUGUGGCUUGACUUUUCUUUUUUGGUUAACAUAAUUUUUUUGUGGCAUAUAAAAUUGGUGCACAAGAGUUCCGGUGAAUGUGCCGAAAGCCCACUUGGGCGCGUUAUUUCUCUGCGCUUUCUUUUCUUGUUUUUGAGGUCUCUCUCAGCUAAAUAGUUCUUUUUAAUAUUUAAUAUGCAAAAUUAAGUAGAGAGUAACUUAAUGCUGACUGCAGAGCAUGUUAGUUUAGCGGGAGCAGCACUGUUAGUGCAAACAUCUGGUGAGAACAUCUGACGCAAACUUUUACAAUCACCGAUAUCACCAACUUGGUGCCACAUUUUCUGUACAAAAAUGUCAACAGUGGCAGUCAUUGCCUUUUUUUCAUCCUCAAUUUACAACAGCCGCCAUUCUGGCAUUUGUUAUUUUUUGAUAGAAUGAUUGUAAACGGCAAUAACACUUUGAGUGCAUUAUGAUUGAUAGCAACGUGCUGUAAUCGGCACUGCUGCACCUUGAUUUUUAUUUCAUUUUAAUUCUGCACUGUUGCGU